AUGAAUUCUCACUUGAAAAUCUCCCCUUUAAAGGUCAUUCUUGUCGGUUUCCAACUCAAAAUCCCACUUUUCUGGCUGCAGAUAACAUCUAUUUUAUCUUCUGGGUCUUUUGGCCGGACUUGGAACACGAUCACGUGGAUUCCUCGUGAUGGUGACGGGCUUGUCGCGCCGGCGUCGGCGGAAUUGAACUUGAACUCGGAAGACGACGACGACAACAACGCCGUGCUCACAAUCUCCAACAAGCUCCCCAUAAUAUCCGUCGUAUUUUAUCCUCUUCAUACUCGCAUUAUGUCUACCAUCAACUACAACCGACCUCGAGACUCUUUACUCUCUCUCUUUGACCCCCUCUCCCAGUCAAAUCCUAGCAGCGACACCUCAGAAACACCUCCUCACCAUGACAGGGACCUGGUAUCACCUUCUCCGUCAGAGGGAGGAUCUGAUAAAGAGAACUCGACGCCCGCUGAGGUCAACGCUCACCCCACAAUGGGCGUCAGUCCGAUGACGUUCAACAAGUUCUUUAGCCGAUCUUAUGCGGACCACAAGCCUCUGCCCACACAGGUUCCUCUUCCUCUGGACCGUUUGAUAGACUUCGACGUCUCUGUUGUGGUAGAUGAUGGAGGACAGGGCGAAAUAGAGGCGUCUGGAGAUGAGAGUGAAGCAGAAGACGUUGCGAGAGAUGAGAGCCCCGAAGAGGAGAUCGAAGACGAGAACAAUGACACCCCGCGUCUCGAAGACAAUUCAGUCUUUUCUUCAACAAGCCUUCGACUCGAUGAUAGGGCUCCCACUCCCCGUCGGCCUCUCGCUGACAUUUCUCUUGCUGUUGCUGCACUCUCAUCUUCGUCUCCUGCAGUGUCUUCGCCCUCGCCCACAAAGAGCACUGUCAAAGACUACUUCACUUCUCGCUCUGCGCCACUACCAAGUCCGAAACUCACUCGCGCACCCGAGUCAUCUCGCCUGUUCUCCGUCAUGGACUCCAUCAAUAGUGCAGAUGGUAGCCCGUCCUCUUCUCCAUCUCCAUCUGCGUCUCCGAACCCCUCACCUUCCAUGUCUCCAAUCGAAGAAUAUGCUCGCGACGAAACCAUCUCACAGACUCCAAAAAUCACCGUCCACUCCCCUGCCUCCCUAGAAGACAGUUCCGACACGCUCUCUCCACUUCCAACUGCUCCCAUCCCUCGGCUUCGCUCACACGUAUCUCCUAUCUCCACGUCCGAGGCUUUCGACCCUCGCCGCGUUUCGGUCGACCUUCAAUCCUCGUUCAGCUCGUAUAUCGCUUGUCCAGAGUCUUCUUUCGACCUUCUCAACGACAGGAUCUCGUUCAUCAAUCACGAUUCUUUCCUGGGUCAGCUCGUGUCCUUCACCGACGGUGACGCAGAAUUUGCGGACAUGGACGUAGCCAAGGAAGAGGAAGAGAUGGAGGAGCUCGUUGCCAAGCUAGAAGGCCUGCCGAGCUUCAAGAAUCGCAGGGACGAACGCAAGGAAGCCGGAUCCAGGGUUACGAAGAGCAGUGUGGCGGAUUUGGAGAGUAGGUGUGCUGAGGCGGAGGUCAGCAUAUUGAGUGAGAGGUUGAGGGAUGUGAGGGUUGGGCUGGGGGUCAGCGAGAGUGAGUUGAAAGAGAAAAGAGAGGCUGUCCCGCGGCCGCAGAGGCAGAGGAAGGAUCGCUCGAAGCUCACCGCGGAUUUAAAUGUGGAGAUGUUUGUCACCCCGGAACAGAAACGUGAGAGGUCUGGCUCCUCUGGAUCUGAUGAGGUUCCCGCUGCCCUGAUCAAAGCAAUGCCUCUCCCGGACGAGGUUGCUAAACCUGUCAGCGAUCUCGGGCGUUCUCAAAUAGCUCCUCCUCCUGCCCCUCGCCGUCCCAAGCACAUGAAAUCUCGUCAUGAAGCUCCCGCUGGCAUCGCAGACGACCAGGCCCAGGCUUACGAGUCAGCUUCCUCAGGAGUUCUGGAUUCGAAUAUUGCCUCUAUUUCCGUGGCUCAGUCGUCCGCUGAACCCUCUGCGGCGGCAAUGGCCUCUAAGCCCAAGACUGCCACCAGCACAGCUGGUCUUCCAUCGCUGCCUCCCAACGAUAUGUUAAUCCCCGCUCUUCGCAUCGUCAAGAAAGGAUCGACCGGCCCUACUUCCUCCGCUUCCUCGGAACCACCUGUCGACGCUACCCCUAACGUCUUUUCCCUUCCAAUAACGAUUUCCUCAGGGCGUGUUUCCCCGGUCACGUCCGCUGCUCAAACUCCCGCUCUAGCUCAUCCGCCGGUUCACCGAACCACCAUGGAACCCCCUCAAGCUCCCCGUCGUCUUGGACUAGCCAGACGCAUGUCUUUCGUCCAGCCUCCCUCAUCGUCAAAGUCGACCCCUGCGCCGACUGUUCCACCCGUUCCGGCUGUCACUUCAAAGCGUACGUCUUCGAGCCAUGUCUCCGUUGCAGGGGGUCCACAGCGUGUCCCUUCCGGCUCCGCCAUCGCUGGGAACUCUGGAACCGCCCCCAGUGUGACCUCCACGACCGUAUCGAGCUCGAGGAACCCUUCGAAGGGCCCAAGGAGGGCAGCCAUCUCUACUUCGUCGGCGUCAUCUUCUUCUCAAGCUACCGCUGCUGCAGCUUCCGCUGCUACGAGCGGCACUGGGUAUAAGAGAACUACGGGGUUGACGAGGACUACGAGCGCCAGUUCGGCUGUUUUUGCGCCGGCGCCGACAAGCAUUAUUAGUAGUGGUUUGAGGCAGCCAGUCGCGGGGAGGUUUGGUUCGGGUGCUGGUGCUGGGGCGGGUAUGGGGUUCGGCGGGAUCCCCAGGCCGGCGACUUCGUCCUCCCGGAUUGGGACGGGGACUUCGACCGUGGGAGCUCCUUCCAGUACGACUGCCACUGCAGGUGCGAGAGGGAGGCGUGAGAGUGCGAGUCUGGUGGGGGCAGGGGUUGGUGGGGCGAGGAAGGCGCCGAAGAGGUUUUAGGUGUGUUUGUUUUUGGCCUCAGUAUGAGCAUUGCAGGUGGGACGCUUGAAGAUGUGAGACCAAUUGUUGGCUGUAGCGUGGACUAUGAUUACGACCCCGCCAUGACUGCUUAUUGAGCACUUUAUUUGCACUGUUCUCGUUGCCUCAUUUGCAGUUAACCUGACCAUUUCGCAUCGAUACUGCUGUCGCAUAGUCUCACUCAUCAUUCUUCCUCCAUCCCUCCACCCAUCCGUGCACUUUUAACGUCUUUCCUCGGCUCGUAUUUUCUCUGUCAAUUUAGUUAUCGUACGAGCUUGGUACGAACCCCUCAUGCCCCUGCAUACAUUUCAUCAUCUGGAACUCAUUCUCCCAUAUCAUAUCAUUCCACCCACACCCAGACGUACGUAUUGUACACAGUAGUCAUCAUCCUCAUCCUCUUCUCAAUAACGAACCGUCCUUGACACUGACUCUGCAAUUGGC